AUUCACAAAAAAGACGCUGGAUUCUGGAGAGAUUUUGGGUUUGGAAUGACYUGUCAGUACCGCUCCGAUUUCCUCCACAUCGGUGGUUUCGACCUGGAGGUGAAGGGCUGGGGGGUGGAGGACGUCCACCUGUACAGGAAGUACCUGCGCAGCGACCUGAUAGUGGUCCGGACCCCCGUGUCGAGCCUCUUCCACCUGUGGCACGAGAAGCGUUGCGCGGACGAGCUAACGCCGGAGCAGUACCGCAUGUGCAUCCAGUCCAAAGCCAUGAACGAGGCGUCCCACUCCCACCUGGGCAUGCUGGUGUUCCGCCAGGAGAUCGAAGCCCACCUUCACAAGCAGGCCUUCAAGACCCCCGGCAAACCGGAGGACUGAGGAAGACUCGGCGCCGUCAAAGAGCGUGAGUCGCCYGCAGAGACGUGUUCACACACCUGGACUUCACUGCUCAGCUGCAGACGAGUGAAUGUAUCAAACAUGGAUCAAUGUGAAAAAAAAGAGCUGAAAAACGUCCGAUCAGCAGGAUUUCAGUUCAAACUAAAACUCAAAAGCAGUUUUUUCAAWUUUUAAUCAAUAAGCAUGAAGUUCUUAACUUUACAAACAUGGAACCACAUUAGAAAAGUACAACACGUUUAUUUAUUGAGUUUAGAAACAAAAGCUGCACUUUUUCUAACAAGGUUAAAUUAUUUUAACCACAAAAAAAAAAAAACAGCUUUUAGAUCCAAACUAUCUUUAACUUGGUCACAUCGUUCUCAACGGCUACAAAAGGGAACAUUUUGUUUUUUAAAUGAUUGUAAGUUUAGUCAAACUGACGGUUGCAGCUGUUUUUGUGCGAGGCUAAUGUCCGUUAGCUGUGGCGAACAUUUUCAGUUGAAUUUAUUCAAAAGUUGUAAAUCUGUUCGUUUUUCUGAAAAGUUAAUUUAAAUCCGUCCGGUGGUUCAGGAGAUAUUUCGCUAACAAGUUAGUAUGUGUUAGGGAUGAGUUUGAGCUCAAAACUUGUAAAAUUGACUGAAUUAUAACCAGUUUUUAAAGAUCAGUUGCCUGUGGCGGCCAUUUUUAAUCUGGGAAAAUUUCAAAAGGUGUUAAAAAUAAAUCCGGUGAUUCAGCAUUUCGAUUAAAAUCUAUCAACUGUUAAUUUAUUCAGUAAAACAACUGAAAGCAAAUCAGAUUUUACCUACAUUUGAUCCGCUUUAAAUGGUACACGGACCUGCCUUUUUUUAUAUGGAGAUCAGGUUAUUGAAUCAUAAACAUCUUACCUGUUGUAGAUAAUAAUCUAAACAACCUGGAUUUGUAGAAAUAGUUAAAGUAUGGCAGGAUUGACGAGCUAAUCGCUAGUCUGAGCCUAGACGAAUAACGAUCCAUGGAUAGGAAGGAUGGGGGUGUGGUUAUGACAUUCAAGUCCCGCCCACUUUUUUUGCAAGACCACUUCGAAUGCAGACAAUUCUGAGGCGCUUCCACCUUUUAAAGAACUUGAUUCUAAAAUUUACAAUAACCGUUUUUUUUUUUACCUAUUUAUUCUUACAUUCCUGCUGAAAGGGAACAGGAAGUGCUACAMCUCGGCCGUUAGCUCGUCUCUCUUGCUUCAAAAUAUCAGAACUACCUCUUCAAAAAAGACGACAAAUCUUAAUUUGAAGUUUGGCAUCAAUUUAGGUUUUUAAAAUGCCGUCCAUGUCGUUCACGGGCCUCAGAUAAAAUCACGUCUGUAAAUAAAAARAUUUGUUUUGUACAUUAGCCUCUAAAACGACGUUAACAGAAUUGUUUCGUAGCUGUUGGUUUAUCUCGUAACGAGAGGACAGUUCAGGUGUUGGAGGUAUACAGGUGCUUUCUUUGACCUUUCCAGCAGGUAGUUCUCACAUCCUGUUACUGUAAUUCUUUACAAACUGUGUCUUCCUCUCAGCAGAACAAAAACUAAAGCUUCAGAACUUGAGCAAAGUCAUMACUUUUAUUGUGAAAGGUUGUCUAGAAAAGAAAAAGCAGCCUGCGAUUCUUCUUCCUGUGACUUUUUUUUAACCGUUGACUCCGGUUAGAGACGCUUCCUGUAAACUUCAGUUCUAUAAUUUAACUAGAAAAAAUGUAAUCAAACGUGUCCAGUUUGUUUUUCUUUUUAUUCUAACAGCUCAUUCAUGUUUCUUAAUUUAAGACAAAAAGUAUAAUACAACUGUAUUAUCUGUCUGUAAAAUAAACUAAUGAAAUAAAAAAUACAAA